GACGGAUGUCAACGCAUGUCAUUGUGCACCUAGUGCGUUCUUCCCAAUCCGUUUCACUUUCACCCAUCCGCCUCGUGCUCUCCUCCCAUGGCGGCACAAAUCGCAACUCCGAUUCUGGCCCUGCUUCCUUCUCCGUGCCCUCUCCCGCUUCGGUGCCUUCGGGAACUAAAGCCAAUCUGGCCUUCUCGCUCCCGAUCCUGUCGACUCGUGGUCGCCUGCGCAGGCUUCGGCGGCGGUGGGUCGCCGGCGGAGAAGCCGCGCCAGGGACCCUCUCUGCCACCGCUAUCGGAAAUACGUUGGGGACAGCUGCUAGCGCCGUCACCGGACAACGCUGCGGCCGUGGCGCUGACGGCCGCGCUGGUCUGGGGCGGCGCAUCGCUGCUGCUACAGCUGGUGCUCAUCUCCGCCUCCAUCUUCGCCGCCGCCCUCAAGUACUCCUUCGUCGCCGUGCUCCUACUCUUCGUCCUCAUCGCGCUGCUGUGAGUGACGCGUGUUCCUUUCUUCUCCCCCGUCGACGACUCCAACCCUGCACGCGCUUUGCAAAACAUUUCCUAGUUAUACUUGUUUGUGCUUAGAUCACUGUACUAAACUGCUUCAUACUUCCAAUUCGUUUCUCAAAACUCUGCAUUUUCUGUGCAACUUGCAAUGCACUAUAUAUAAUGGGUAAUCACUGGCUCUCUCAUUAAGUACUA